UGAUAAGUGUCAAAGGCGACAAAAAAACAGGGCGUUCUGCUAUUUCUGCUCUUCAGUGCAGAAACUUCCCAUGUGUGCACAGUGUGGCAAAACGAAAUGUAUGAAGGCUUCAGACUGUGUCAUAAAACAUCCUGGUGUUCACAGCACUGGAAUGGGCAUGGUGGGGGCCAUAUGUGACUUCUGUGAGGCCUGGGUUUGCCAUGGGAAGAAGUGCUUGAGUACCCAUGCCUGCUCCUGCCCUCUUUCUGACGCAGAUUGCAUUGAGUGUGACCGCAGCGUUUGGGAACAUGGUGGUCGCAUUUUCCACUGCUCUUUUUGCCACAACUUCCUGUGUGAGGAUGAUCAGUUUGAACACCAGGCGAGCUGUCAGGUCCUGGAAGCAGAGACUUAUAAAUGUUUAUCUUGUAAUCGUCUCGGCCAGCAUUCUUGUCUCCGAUGCAAGGCUUGUUUCUGUGACGAUCACGCUCGAAGCAAAGUGUUCAAGCAGGAGAAAGGCAAGGCUCCUCCGUGCCCAAAGUGUGGACAUGAAACUCAGGAGACCAAAGAUCUCAGCAUGUCCACCCGAACACACAAAUUUGGCCGGCAGAGUGGCGGCGACGAGGACGGAUAUGGUGCAUCUGGAUACAGCUCCUACUGGAAAAAUCUGGAAUCUGGUGGGGGAUACAAAGAUGAGGAGGAUAUCGAGGAGGACGAUGACUUUGAUGAUGAUGAUUAUGAAGAGGAGGAAGAUGAUGACGACGAGGAUGAGGAGGAGGAAGACGACCCAAAGGUGGAGGACACGCUCUCAAAUCUGAGUUUGGAAGCAAGUGGAAAGACCCAAUAAAACACACACAAUACGUAGAUGGGAUUCAGAAAUUCAGACAUAGGUGUCAUCUAAGAAUCUGAGCUUUACCGUGUCAGAUAUUUGGCCUUUUACUUAAGGUUUUCUGCAUUGCAUUGAUAUGAAUGUGUGCAUAAAUGUCUGACGUUGUCACCUUUUU